GGCUUUCCAACUUGUCAGCUCGGCCGGAGAUCGAAGUGAAGCGUAAAGCGCGGUGUGGUUUCUUCAGUAAAGAGUCCGGCAGCAGCGGAAGCUUUGGAUUUACGGUACACUCCGGCAGAUGCGAUGGGAGCCUUCGGUGUGUGUCUGUGGCUGGGCGUGUGGAUUUGCCCCCUGCUGCUGUGGACAGGUGCAGGCGCCUUUAACCUGGACACCCAGAACGUGCUGAGAAAGAACGGAGACUCAGGCAGCCUCUUCGGCUUCUCCAUCGCCCUGCACCGCCAGCUCCAGCCCGCUGAUAAGAGAAUACUGUUGAUUGGCGCUCCCAGGGCCAAAGCUUUAGCUAAUCAGGGAGCUAACAUCACUGGGGGUCUAUACAGUUGUGACAUCACCACCCAAAGGGAUGACUGUGAUCGGAUUGAGUUUGACAACGAUGCUGAUGUGCGUGUGGAAAAUAAGGAGAAUCAGUGGAUGGGCGUGACCGUUCAGAGUCAAGGACCAGGUGGAAAGAUUGUGACAUGUGCCCAUCGCUACCAGAGGCGGCUGUUUGUGAACACACCGCAGGAGUCACGGGACAUCACCGGUCGCUGCUACGUGCUCAGUCAGGAUUUAAGCAUUGACAGCCAAUCAGACGAAGAUGGUGGGAACUGGAAAUUCUGCGAAGGUCGUGCCAGAGGUCAUGAACGAUUUGGAGCCUGUCAGCAGGGUGUGGCUGCCACCUUUACCAAAGACUACCAUUACGUCAUCUUCGGAGCCCCAGGAGCUUACAACUGGAAAGGCAUUGUACGAGUCGAGCAGAAGAACAACACCCUGUUGGAAAUGGGCUUUUAUGAUGAUGGACCGUAUGAGGUCGGGGAUGAAAGUCGUCUGGAGUCAGAUCUGGUGCCUGUACCUGCUAACAGUUACUUAGGUUUCUCUCUGGAUUCUGGCCACAGCAUUACUGAGAAGGGCAAACUGAUUGUGGUGUCUGGAGCUCCGAGAGCCAAUCACAGUGGAGCGGUAAUCCUGCUGAGGAAAGAGGGGGAGGUGUCCACCAUGCUGUCCCCAGAACAUAUUCUUGAAGGACCGGGACUUGCCUCCUCUUUUGGAUAUGAUGUAGCAGUGGUGGAUCUGAAUGGAGAUGGGUGGCAGGACAUUGUGGUGGGAGCACCUCAGUUCUUCCAGAGAGAUGGUGAGGUGGGGGGAGCAGUGUACGUCUACAUUAACAAAGCUGGAAAGUGGAGGAGCGUGGUGCCUGUCCGCCUCAAUGGAACUAAAGACUCAAUGUUUGGACUGGCAGUGGAGAAUAUAGGAGACAUCAAUCUGGAUUCAUAUGAAGAUAUUGCAGUAGGUGCUCCUUAUGCAGAUGAAGGUUCAGGUAGAGUGUACAUCUAUCAUGGAUCUGUGGAUGGCAUUAACACCAAACCUGUCCAGAUUCUGGAAGGGAGGCACCAUGGCAUUAAGAUGUUUGGCUACUCAUUGGCUGGGAAUAUGGAUUUGGAUGAGAAUGCUUACCCAGAUCUAGCUGUUGGAUCUCUGUCUGAUGCAGUAAUUGUUUACAGGGCCAGACCUGUCAUCAGCAUAAAGAAAGAAAUCAAGGCUACACCAAGGGAAAUUGACCUGACAAAGAAAACGUGUGGCAACAGUAUUUGCUUGAAUGUUGAAGCUUGCUUUACCUACAAAGCAAAUCCUGCCACUUACAAUCCAAAAUUGAUGAUUUCCUACACAUUGGAGACAGAGUCACACCGCAGGAAGCAAGGUUUGCCCUCUAGAGUGUCCUUCCUGGAUAAAACGCCAACUGAUCAGGACUUCCAGUCUACAGGCACGCUGGAGCUGAGAGGCCAGAACAAGAGAGCCUGCUAUAAAGCCAAACUCCGACUACAGGAGAACAUAAAGGAUAAACUGAGAGCAAUCCCUAUCGAAGUAUCUGUGGCCAUCGAGAGCGCUAAGAGAGGGAAGAGACAGAACUCACUGCCAGAGCUGGUGCCAGUGCUGGACUCCAGUCUGCCCAGUAAGAUCAGCACUGAGGUAAACUUCCUAAAGGAGGGGUGUGGGACUGACAACAUCUGUCAGAGUAACCUGCAGCUCCAGUACAGAUUCUGUUACAGAGCAUCCAACCAGGACAUCUUUCCUCCAUUACCUGUGAAGAAUGGUGUCGCGGUGGUAUCUCUGAGUGACCAGAAGGACAUCGCUCUGGAGGUCACUGUGAAGAACAGGAAUGGAGAUGAUGCUCAUGAAGCCAAACUAGUGGGACUGUUUGGUGAUUUGCUGUCAUAUUCUGGAUUCAGAUCCCAUAGAACCACAGACAAGCAGGUGAUCUGUGCAGCCAAUCAGAAUGGCUCUCAAGCAGACUGUGAACUGGGAAACCCCUUCAAAAGAAACUCUGAGGUCACCUUUUACAUCAUACUGAGCACUGCCAAGAUCUCUCUCAGCACCACAGAAGUUGAAGUUGAUCUCCAGUUGGAAACAACGAGUCUGCAGGAGGGUUUGGGUAAAGUACGAGCUAAAGCUAAAGUUAUGAUCGAGCUUCUGCUGUCUGUGCAAGGGGUUGCCAAGCCCUCUCAGGUGUAUUUUGGAGGGGAUGUUAGAGGAGAGAGUGCCAUGAAGUCAGAGGAGGAAGCUGGCAGUUUGAUUGAAUAUGAAUUCAGGGUAAUAAAUUUGGGCAAGCCACUGAAAUCGUUUGGCACAGCCUUUCUCAACAUCCAGUGGCCUAAAGAAAGUGCUGUGGGGAAGUGGCUCCUGUACCUGGUGAAGAUCAGCUCUAAAGAGCUGGAGGAGAUCACCUGUUCACCUGAGUCUGAGAUCAACCCUCUGGGCCUAACUGAGGGGUCGACGUUGUCCAGGCAGAAGCGUGAGAUAGAGGAAAGUAGACUAUCUGAGGGAAACAAAAUAUCUCUUUUUACAGAACGAAGGAAAUACAAAUCACUGUCAUGUUUUGGGGAAGCAAGAUGUGUGGAGAUCAAGUGCCCUCUGCUGAACCUGGACAGUAGUGCAGACAUUAUACUGAGGUCACGCCUUUGGAACUCUACUUUUCUUGAAGAUUAUGCCACCUAUAAUUAUCUUGAUUUGAUAGUGAAAGCAUCUAUCAGUCUUGAUGUUUCUGCCAAGAACAUUGUGCUGAAAAAUCCUGAGACACAGGUGAGAUUGACUGUGUUUCCUGAAUAUACUGUGUCUCACUAUGGUGGGGUUCCAUGGUGGAUAAUCCUGGUGGCUGUACUAGCAGGCAUACUGAUGCUGGCUCUAUUAGUUCUUAUACUUUGGAAGUGUGGAUUUUUCAAACGUUCCAAGAAUGAUGACAGCGUUCCUAAGUACCAUGCUGUGAGGAUCCGGAAGGAGACGCGUCACUUUAAAGACGAUAACGUCAUGUUUGAUCCCUUUGAGAAAAAGCAGUGGAUGACUACGUGGAGUGAGAAUGAGAGUUACUCCUGAGACUUUGACCCCACUGGUGUGAGAGAUUAUACGACCAUCCGGUGUCCAGUAAAGACUCAGGGGCUUGGAUUCAGGACUUUAUUCAGGACUUCUCUGUGUGGUCAAACUGAAGAAACAAGUAGCAAUAGACUCUUGCUGGAUUUGAACACAAUGAUGUUGCCAUGUCCAAAAAGACCAUACAAACAGCAAGUGCAAAUCAAGGAUAUGUAUAUUUUUUUGCCUGAAAAGUCUUUGCUUAUGGACUCAUCUUUACUUACUGUUUUUGUAUACUUUUGGAUGAUUCCUGAAAUACUGAGAUUGAACUGAGUAUGUUUUUAUUCUGUAAAUAUUGACAUUCUUACAAAUUGUUUAUUUAUUUUCUUUCUUGCUGAAUUAGCCAAAGAUUUUACAAAUUCUUCCAAAAACUGUGAAAUGAGUUUAAAGCAA